UCCUCUUGAAUCUAAAGAGGCCUUUCAGUGUCCAGCUGAACCGUUUUCCUUAUCAUUUUCACGAAUUACACAUAAGGCAAUACCAUUUAACUGCGAUAAGACCAAUAGUGUUAUCGUUAACAGCAGCCACAUACGGUGAAGUUAUUUGGAUUGAGCCUGGAACUGAGCUUACGUUUUCAUUGGAAAAAUUUCAAACGUAUCUCGGAAAUGAAGGAUUUGUUGUUGGUAGUACCCAUGCACAACUCUCAAGGAGGCAAUGUUUGGCAAAUGUCAUCGGGGUGAACAAGUUUAAGCGCUCUUCGUUUCUUGGCGAAUGGCUAGUAUGCGUUAAAAACAAAUCAUGUAUAGAAAAGGCGAUAAGUGAAUCAAAAUACAAGCCUGAACCUGGUGUGGAUAUUUUGCUCGAUAUUAUAAGACAAAAAAAUCGCAUCCCUUGCUCUGCAUUACAGUCAUUUGCGUGGGACGGAGUAAAAUAUUCGACAUCUGCAACUCUUGAUCAAUGGAAAAAUAAACACGAAAAAUUAUGUCAGCGGCAGGUUUGCGUAUUAUCAGGUAGCCAUCGAACUAACGAUUGCAUGGCUUCCCAACUGGAUCGACUUCGCCAAAAUAAAGUAAGUUAUGCCAAGCGUCACAACUAUAGAUAUAUCGAGGACACGUUCGGCUUUCAUCGUCAUGGGAAUUGUCACCGAGUUUGGAACAAGAUACACGCCAUUCUCAAGUACUUACCUGACUGCAAGAUGCUAAUGUGGAUUGACACCGAUGCAAUAUUUGUAAACAUGGAAAAAUCGCUGGAGUCUUUUAUGGAACCAUAUCCAGAAAUAGAACUUAUUUUUACUUGGUAUAAAAAGGAAUCGAUGUUAAACGCGGGCAUCUUUCUCGUUCGCGGUUCUCCUCUUGUGCGAGAGUUCUUUGUCAAUGUAACCGCUGGCUAUGCAUGGACAAAAAAUCAUUGUAUAUAUACCCGAUUUGAGCAGUCGGCCAUAAACGAUCAAUUGAAAAGUGGAACCGUCGAUGGAAAGUAUUUUUACGAAAGAACUAACGCUAUGCAAAAUUUAUGUGGGUUCGGUAACAGGGAAUGUUUACCGACAAAAACAGACUUCAUUUUGCAUUUGGCACCUCCAGCGUGCCCGGCAUUAGGAUAUCUGAUAAAAAAAUUUUUCGACAAAAAUCCGCAAUUUUUCUAAGGAAAUAAUAUUUGCAACAGUUUGAUUCCCAUAAAGAGUAAAAACAUCUUCACUUGCAACAGUUUGAUUCCAAUGAAGAAUAAAAACAUCUUCACAAAACAA